UCUCCUCCUGCUCCUGCUGCUGCUGCUGCUCGACCUGCUGUUCAGCUGGAGAAAGAACCGAGCCGCUGAAACGUCUUCAGUGGAAGUAACACGACGACACGCCUUUGUCACCGUGAACAUUGUUCCUUUGGAAGGAAAUGCAUCUGCUGUCUGUCUGGAUCGAGCUCUCUGUCUGUACAGUAAGGUGAUCUGACAGACCAAAAGGUCUCUCUAUGGUGCCUGGUCACUCUCUGGCCAUGGGGAAUGGUUCAAUCAAAGCCCCUCGGCUAGAGGAAACGUGUUUGGCCUCCACUAUUAAAGAGACUCCAGUGUGGGAGUCUGCAGAGCACCUAAAACUGCGGAUCGCCCGACUGGAGGAGGAGCUGGCCCGCCGGGACCAGGAGCUGCGCUCUCAGGAGCUGCAGCUGCAGAUUCUACAGAGAGAGCUGGAGGCCAAAGUUUUGCAGAUUGAUAAGCUUCAGGACGCCAUCGGCUACAACGGCCUGGGCCGCUCGCCCCCAGCACCGGCCAGGCCCAGCCACAGGUUUCUCAGCGUCAUCAACCAGGGCUCCACGCGCUUCCACAGGGUGGCUGUGGAGGUACAUCGGCGACUCAAGGCCAAAGAGGGUGUGUCUGCUGAGCCUACGUCAGGACAUUUCUGUGAUGGCCACAGGGCCCAGCAUGUUUCCACAGAGAGAGCUCGUGUACGGAAAGAUUCGGGCACCAAGAAGCUGAUCAAUGAGGCCAUCAUGAACAAUGAUUUUCUGAAGAAGCUGGAGCCCCAGCACACUCGUGAGAUGGUGGACUGCAUGUAUGAGAAGAUCUAUACGGCCAAUCAGCUGGUCAUCCAGGAGGGAGAACCUGGAAAUUAUCUCUAUGUGCUUGCAGCGGGCUUGCUGGAGGUCAUUCAGAAUGGGAAGCACCUGGGUCAGAUGCAGCCUGGAACAGCUUUUGGAGAGUUGGCUAUACUCUACAACUGCAAGAGAACUGCUACUGUUAAAGCUGUGACUAAGUCUCAUAUCUGGGCUCUGGACCGGCAGACAUUUCAGAGCAUCAUGAUGAGAUCCACUCAGGCCAGACACGAGGAGUACUUCAGUUUUCUGCGCAGUGUGUCUUUACUGAAGGAUCUUCCAGAGGAAAAGCUUUCCAAAAUUGUUGACUGUCUAGAAAUUGAUUAUUUUGAUAAAGGGGAUUACAUUAUUCGUGAGGGCGAAGAAGGAAACACUUUCUUUAUUAUAGCCAAAGGAGAGGUUUCCGUAACUCAGAGUACAGAGGGCUGUCCUGAGCCUCAGGAGAUUAAGACCCUGGGAGUGGGAGAUUACUUUGGAGAAAAGGCUCUCAUAAGUGAGGAUGUUCGUUCAGCUAACAUCGUUGCAAAGGAGAAUGACACUCAGUGUUUGGUGGUGGACAGAGAUAACUUUAAUCAGAUGGUGGGGACAUAUGAGGAGCUUCAAGCUUAUCUGCGAGAGUAUGUGGAGCAGCUCUCUAUAAGUGAUGAGAGAAGGAAUGCAGUGAUGCAGUCUCCUCUGUGUGAGGGGGGUCCAGAGGCAGCUGAGCUGCGCAGCCUGCGGGAAAAGGCUGCACGCCUGUCCAGCUGCUCAUUCCUGCAGCAGCUGCACAUAGUGGCCACGCUGGGCAUGGGAGGCUUUGGCCGAGUGGAACUGGUGAAACUUAAAAAUGAAGAUACUGCUUUUGCUUUGAAGUGCAUUAAGAAGAAACACAUUGUGGACACUAGGCAACAAGAGCAUAUCUACUCAGAGAAGAACAUCCUGCAACAGACCAACUGCAACUUUAUUGUGAGGUUGUUCCGGACAUUUCGGGAUGAUAAAUAUGUGUACAUGCUGCUGGAGGUCUGUCUUGGUGGAGAGUUAUGGAGCAUACUAAGGGACAUGAGUUUUUUUGAAGAGGCCACUGCUCGGUUCUGUAUUGGUUGUGUACUGGAGGCCUUUGAUUACUUACAUGGAAUGGGUAUUGUCUACCGAGAUCUAAAGCCAGAGAAUCUACUUCUGGAUACAGAAGGCUAUGUCAAAAUGACUGAUUUUGGCUUUGCUAAGAGAAUUGGCCUGGGAAAGAAAACUUGGACAUUCUGUGGAACUCCAGAGUACGUGGCCCCUGAGGUCAUCAUGAAUAAAGGCCAUGACUUUGGAGCUGAUUGCUGGUCCCUGGGGAUCCUCAUUUUUGAGCUCCUCACUGGCAGUCCCCCUUUUGCAGGGUCUGAUCCAAUUAAGAUCUACACUAUGGUCCUCCAUGGCAUAGAGAAGGUGGACAUUCCCAAGAGGAUCAGCAAGCGCCCAGAGGAUCUGAUUAGGAGACUCUGCAGACUCAAUCCUGCAGAAAGGCUUGGCAAUAAGAAAAAUGGCAUCAUUGACAUCAAGAAACACAAGUGGUUUCAGGGUUUCAACUGGGAGGGACUGAGACGGAGAAAACUGACUUCUCCGCUAAAGAGAGAGCUAAAAGGCCCUCUGGAUCACAGUCAUUUUGACAUGUUUCCACCUGAGCUGGAGGAACCUCCAGAUGAACUUUCUGGUUGGGAUAAAGACUUCUGAGAACCAGUUGUUCUUCAGGAACAACCAGAAACAUUUUUUUUCUACCUGGUUUAUGAAUUUGUGCAGCUGGCCAUGAUGCUACCACAGUAAAAAAAAAGGAGGGACCACCAUGAAGACAUGAUUUCCUACAAAAAGGAAUAAGGAUGUGUGUAAAUGUCCUUAAGAACUGUCAUUCUAUCACUGCAUCCAGGCUAAAACCACAAACAGUAUGUCUGACAACAAUACCAGAAAAAAAAUCUGGUAAAAACUUCAGUCACACAUGAUGCUGGCAAAAUGAAGGCCCAGCUGAACCGAGCCUGGACAUAAAUAAUGGCAAUAUGCUAUUUCUGUGGUUUACGGCACAUACUGUAAAAGGCUUUUCUGUGGGUCUGAUGAAGCUGAGUCUGAUUCUGAGAGUUGGGAAAAGAAUAUUAAAAGUCUUAAAGAACUAAGCCUUCACCUCAUUUAAAAGAACUAGUUAGUAUUUAAUCAGUUAAGUCUGACAUACUAACAAGACCUUUAGUGCAGAACCUUUAGGUUCUUAUCCAAUGUUGCACAUCCAGUUGAGAUACUGAGGUGUAUUUCUUCUUUUAGGGUUUGUUUGUUUUUUUUCAGCAGCUUUUUUUACUAAUGUUUUUUACUUGAAAACCAGAUCUUCCUAAGACGUGCUUCUUGCCAAUGAUCAGGAGUGCACUGUUUUUGAUUGUGCUGUGUCAUAUUGAUAAGUUCGGUAUUGCAAUGUUUUUCAAGUAUAUCACUGUAUCAGGAUAUCACAUGAAAAUUAAGUGUGCAUUAAUAAAAUGAAU